CCUUGAUAUAUUUGGUAAUGACUAACGUUCUCGACGAAAGUGGAAAAGGUAGGCGUCGCCGUGAGAGGCAAGGGAGAAAUAUUUCACCGAGCCUCGGCUCAACCCAGCUUCCCGCUCCCCUCGGCGUUCCGACGAUGAGCUCAUGAGCCGCCCCACCGUACAUUUCCUCCUCGCCUCCUCUUCUCUGUACAAGACAAGUACAAUGGAUACUGCAACACUCUUCGACGUCAAGAACAAGGUUGUCCUCGUAACCGGCGGCGCCAAAGGGAUUGGGCGCAUGAUAUCCCAAGGCUUCAUUGAAAACGGCGCAACAGUAUACGUAUCGUCUCGAGACGCAAAAGCCUGCGAACAAGCGUGUAAAGAACUCAACGCGCUGGGGAAUGGACGAGCAGAGUACAUCACAGCCGACUUUUAUAAGGAGGAGGAUGUGAAGAAACUGGCGGAGGAGUUGGGGAGGAGAGAAGGGAAACUCCACGUCCUUGUCAACAACUCCGGUAGCAACUGGGGCGAAGCGUACGACACUUAUCCCUCCGCCGCCUGGGACCGUGUCCUUACCCUAAACCUUAAGCGCGUCUUCCAACUCACACAAGCCCUAACGCCUCUCCUCGAAGCCGCGUCCACGAAGAUCUCCCCGUCCCGUGUAAUAAAUAUCGGUUCCAUCGACGGACUGCGGGUCCCCGCGUUGGAAACGUUUGCUUACUCGGCCUCGAAAGCGGGCCUGCACCACAUGAGCCGCGUGCUCGCAAACCACCUAGGCAAAAGAGGUAUUACUAGUAACACCAUAGCGUGUGGCCCCUUCCAAAGCAAGAUGAUGAAGGCGACACUAGAGAAGUUUGGCGAUGUUAUUGCGGAGGGAGUGCCGUUGGGCCGCAUUGGGAGUCCAGAGGAUGUGGCGGGAACAUGCAUUUGGCUUAGUAGUCGGGCGGGGGCGUGGGUCAAUGGGGCGACGAUUGCACUGGACGGGGGGAGUGUGAUCAGUUCGAAGUUGUAGGUUUAGACG